CACAGUGCCCCUGGCUGCUGAGAGAGAUGCCCAGGUCAGGCUGCGGCUGUCCUCUCCCCGGCAGUCUCCUAGCACUGACACUGGACCAGAGUGAAGACCUUCGACCGGCCUGCUUCACUUCCUCUGCCCAACAGCCCUGCCUCCGCGGGACCCAAGUCACGGCUGGAGAAUCGCUUGUAGGCGGAGGAGCCAGCGGGACCCACGGAGCCCAGCUCCAAAGAAGGCACCACACUGAGCCCACUGGGGCGGCCUCCCCUGACUCUGUCGCCCCAGUCCGGAGGCUCCGCCGGCCUUCAGUUGACAUCCGUAACUGGAAGAUUAUUUUAGGAAGAAAACCAUUUGGAAAAAAAAUGAAGCUCCUUAUCUUCAUAUGUGUUGGUGUUGUUCACCUUUUGUCUCUGGGCUGUGGGCAAGCUUUACACCAGAGUGGCAUCUCUCAGAGAACUUUUCAAGAAAUAAAAGAAGAAAUAGCCAGCUAUAAGGAUAUUGCUAAAGAAAUUAUCGACCUUGCUGUUUACGGGAAAUUCCAGAACCGGUCCUAUGAGCGGUUGGCCCUUUUGGUUGACACUGUUGGACCCAGAAUGAGUGGCUCCAAGAACCUAGAAGAGGCCAUUGAACUCAUGUACAAAAAUCUGCAGAAAGAGGGGCUGGAGAAUGUCCACCUGGAACCUGUCAGAAUACCCCACUGGGAAAGAGUAGAAGAGUCUGCGGUGAUGCUGGCCCCGAGAAUUCACAGGCUGGCCAUUCUGGGCCUUGGCAGCAGCAUUGGGACACCCCCAGAAGGCAUUACAGCAGAAGUUCUGGUGGUGACCUCUUUCGAUGAACUGCGGAGAAGGGCCUCAGAAGCAACAGGAAAGAUCGUUGUUUAUGACCAACCAUACGUCAGCUACAUGAUGACAGCACAGUACCGAGUGCGGGGGGCAGUGGAGGCUGCCAAGGUGGGGGCUGUGGCAUCCCUUAUCCGAUCAGUGGCUUCCUUCUCCAUAUACAGUCCUCACACAGGCAUGCAGAAAUACGAGGAUGGUGUGCCCAAGAUCCCAACAGCCUGUAUUACGGUGGAAGAUGCAGAAAUGCUAUCAAGAAUGGCUUUCCGUGGGAACAAAAUCGUCAUUCAGUUGAAAAUGAGAGCAAAGAGUUACCCAGGUGCCGAUUCCUACAACACUGUAGCAGAGAUCACUGGGAGCAAGUACCCAGAGCAGGUUGUGCUGGUCAGUGGACAUCUGGACAGUUGGGAUGUCGGGCAGGGAGCCAUGGAUGAUGGUGGUGGAGCCUUUAUAUCAUGGGAAGCACUCUCACUUAUUAAAGAUCUCGGGUUACGUCCAAAGAGAACUCUGCGCCUUGUGCUGUGGACUGCAGAGGAACAAGGUGGGAUUGGUGCCUUCCAGUAUUAUCAGUUGCACAAGGUAAAUAUCUCCAACUACAACCUGGUGAUGGAGUCUGAUUCAGGCUUAUUCUCACCUGCUGGGCUAAAAUUUACUGGCAGCGAGGAGGCCAGAGCCAUCAUGGAGGAGGUCAUGAGCCUGCUGCAGCCACUCAAUGUCACCAAGGUCUUCAGAGAUGCAGAGGGGUUAGACAUUAGCUUCUGGAUCCAAGCUGGAGUGCCUGGAGCCAGUCUGUAUAAUGACGACCUGUAUAAAUACUUCUUCUUCCAUCAUUCCCAUGGAGACACCAUGACUGUCAUGGAACCAGAGAAGAUGAACAUUGCUUCUGCUCUUUGGGCUGUUGUCUCUUACGUCAUUGCAGACAUGGAAGAAAUGCUGCCCAGGGCCUAAAAAGAGCAAGCAAGAAGGUGUUUUUAAUCUUUCCUAGCCAGGAAUCCUACAGCUUCAAGAAAUUCCACUGCACAGAACAGUUUUGCCUGAUUCAUCUACAAAGCAAAAAUGUUUGGCAUGCUUUCUUUUAUUCUUUCUUGAUUAUUUCUAAAUUGCUCCUAGAAUAAAGAAUAAUUCCUACUACUACAUAGAAUACAUGUAUGGUGGAGACCACAGUAAGGAUAUUUCUUUAAAUCACCUUCUCAAAAUACUGUUUCUACUUAAGAGUAACUAGCAGACCUCCUUUUAUGUACUCACUUAUAAAUAUUAAAUAUAAUACAAUCA